AUGCACACGACGGCUCAACUCGACAGCCUGGAACUGGAUGAAUCAAGUGGACAGGGCUCCAAGCGCGCCGCCAGCAUGAUCUUUCGCAUCGAGCAGCUGCUGCCCGGCAGCACCACGGCGACAACAACGACAGGGGCCACGCCCACCAUCUCGACCCAGCAGGCGCCCGCUAAGAGAGCCAGGAGCAGCUUGCGUCCAGGUGUCUAUACAGCUCAGUAUACGCCCAAGGACACGUGCUCCGGCGGCAUACCCACUGCAGCGCUGCUCAGCUCCAUGGGCACGCCCACUGCCAGCGACGCCCACGUGCAUUGCAGUCUGGCCAACGGCGAAUUGGCGCUAUCCGCCUCGAUGCUGCGACAGAUCAAACUCUCCGAGGACAUUUACAGCUUCAAUGCACUGUUCGAGCUGCACGCCGGACAGCUGCGCAUUCGACUGGUGCGGGACGUGGGCCGCGAGGACGAGAUUGUGGCCUGGUUCGGCGAGGAGCUGGUGUUGCUCAUGGGCAUACCCUUUCUCACACCUCUCAAUAUACAGGGCAACAAUCGGUACACCUGUCAUCUGUGCCAUUUGACCUUCGAGACGCCACAUCCGUUGAAGAUCCAUCUGGCCCUGGGCUGUGGCCGCAGCGUUAUGGAUCUCUUGUGGAUGCGCUUGCACUACGCACUGAAGGCGACGGCACCCAGCUCAACAACAACGAUUACUCUGUCACCCACACCGGCCACCUCCUCGACAUCCUCGGCCUCGCCGAAUCGCUCGCCACCACCGCCUCCUGCAGCUACAUCCGCACGCUUCUCCGCCUUUCGCCCGCUGGCUGGCAUGCAAUCGCUUGGCCUGCCCUUGCCACACAGCUCUCAGCCGCCGGCAGCAACGAUGUCCUAUCUGCCCUCCAUUUCAGCGAUGGCUGCACCGCAUCCGAUGAACGCAGCCGCACAGAUCGAGGCGAUCGUCAGCAAUAUGGGCGCCUCGAAGCAGGGCCAUCUGUGCAUCUACUGCGGCAAGGUCUACUCGCGCAAGUACGGCUUGAAGAUUCACAUACGCACCCACACUGGCUUCAAGCCACUCAAGUGCAAGUUCUGCCUGCGUCCCUUCGGCGAUCCGAGCAAUCUCAACAAGCACGUGCGCCUCCACCUACAAACGCAGCCGAGUGGCAGCAGUGGCGAAGCCGAUGGCCAGCAGGAGACGGGCUACCAAUGCCAGAUCUGCCACAAGACGCUUGCCCGGGCCAGAGAUCUGCAGCGGCACAUGGAGACGCGACAUUCCGCAACCAGCACUACGACAACUGCAACAGCGUCGGCGACAGAGAGCGCCGUGCCGCAUCAUAGCUGA